AUGUAUAAUAAUAAAAUAUUUUAUAUUUUAUUGGUGGUGUUAAGUAUUUAUAAUUUAACACCAACAGUUGUGAAUGGAUUGUCGCUGGUGACACCGACCAACGAACAAAAGAGAGUACCAGUUCAACAGACUCAAGAUUGGAAGCGUUGGGUUGCACCCUUCAGCAGUUCGGCAGAGACCUGUUUGGAUUGUGUCGAGUUCUUUGACACCUAUCUUCCAGAGAUCGUAAAGAUCGUCACCGAGUAUGGUGUGGUCGAGUCGUGCUCAAAGAUCUGCAGUAUGCUACUAAACAGCACUGCAGCCACCACUUGCACUGUGCUUUGCGACGUCAUCGGUGUCGAGAAGUUUUGGAAGAUCUUCUUGCUGGACGACAUCAAUCCAAUCUAUGCAUGUCAAUUGAUAUCAAGUUGCGCCACAGCAGAGACACCAGCCGCCAACUUUAACGGUGUCGCCAUCUUACCGGCUGUCGGAGUUCCAGGUUCCACUUUUACCAUUUCACUCAACUUUACUGUGGUCAAUGCCACCGGUGCCGGUCAAUUUGCUUACGUUGUCUACUAUAUUGUAAAUCAAUCUAAAUAUUUGUAUACCCAAACUUUUGCAAAUUAUAAUCCAGGUAAUUACUCUGUACAGUUCACAUUCUCAACAAAGAACAAUGGAUCAUUCCCACUAGGAAGUUAUCCAGUAGAGUUAUUUAUGUGUGCAUCUGAAUGUGGAACUCAUACACCAUACAGCGUAGCAUUGAAUCAAUCGGCAUUGAUAGAGUUUAAUCUACAGGAACCAUCGAAAGACAACGAGAAAUAUUUAGUUAAAGAUUCAUUUGGUGAGGCUCAAACUACUCUACCACAUCCAUACGAGAAUGAACCAGAUUAUGCUCAAGACAAUAGGCAUAGUCAUCAUCAACGUAUCAUCACCAAACCAAUCAACAACCAACAACAACAACAACAACAACAACAGCAACAGCAACAACAAUAA